GGAGUGGAUUAUCUCAAAUAUGACAACUGCUACAAUGAUGGAAGCCCCAGCAAGAAGCGCUACACGGCCAUGCGCAAUGCAUUGGAGGCCACUGGGAGAGACAUUUUCUUCUCCAUGUGCGAAUGGGGACAGGACCUCCCUGCUCUGUGGGCGUAUGGCGUGGCAGACACGUGGCGCACCACCCGUGACAUUGAGGACACGUGGAGCAGACCCGGACAUGCUGCAGGUGGGUAAUGGCGGCAUGAGGCAGUCGGAGUAUCGUGUGCACUUCAGCCUCUGGGCCAUCAUGAAGGCACCCCUUCUGAUUGGCUGCGAUCUUUCUGCUGCCUCGAACGAGGCCAUGAGCAUUCUGAGCAACAAAGAAGUGAUUGCCGUCAACCAGGAUUCACUGGGAGUGCAGGCACGGAAGGUGCAGCUCUCUAUCAACUCCCAGGUGGAGGUCUGGUCCGGGCCUCUGUCUGACGAUCGGCAAGUAGUGGCAUUGGUGAAUCGUGGUGCGAGGAGCGAGAAUGUGACAGUCAGCUGGAAAACAUUAGGGCUGAAUGUGGUGCAGCGGAUGUAUGCGCGAGACCUCUGGAAGAAAUCCACCUUGAAUUCCGCCUUCUCUGGAGAGAUGAGUGCUCGUGUUGCGAGCCACGACGUGCGGCUCUUUGUGAUCUGGCCCGCACCGGAUGUCUAA